GGAGAAAACACCGGAAGCUUAUGCACAUGGCCGUUGGCUCUCAAGCCGUACGCAAAUAUCGUAUAUUCCAGGCGCAAGAGUCCGCAAUCUUGAUCCGCGACUUCCUGCUUGAGCCGCACGACUUCGAGCUCUCCAUCGAGCGCUACUCUGUAUCAAUCACCUCGAUCGUCGGCUGGGGUCGACGCAUCGAUCGUAAGAACGACUACGUUGCUCAACAAGCUCUCAAGUUGAUGGAAGCUGUCAAUUAUAUCGUCCCUGGUAUCUAUCUCAUGGAGGCCGUUCCGUUUCUGAUACACUUGCCUGCUUGGCUCUACGCGCUACCGAGCCAGAUGCGACUAGGUGCUGGUAUACUGUCGCGCUACUUCUAUUUGCUUACGCAGGAAGGCGCCGAAGCGAAGGAACACAACUUUGGGAAACAUGUUAUGGCGUCUCAACAAGGUAGUCACAUGACAGACCUCGAAGUUGCAAGUCUUAUGGGCAAUCUGAUUGGUGGUGGGGUAGACACGACCAGUAGCACUAUGCUAUCGUGCAUCCUGGCGAUGGCGCGCUUUCCGGAAGUACAAGAGAAAGUUCACGCUGAGUUCGAUGCAGUCGUCGGACAUGAUCGCUCUCCAAAUUGGGAUGAUAUCGAUUCAAAUGCGCUUCCAUACUUGACUGCAGUGGUCAAGGAAACGCUGCGAUGGAGAACCGUGACUAUACUAGCAGGUAUCCCUCACGCUAACACCAUCGAUUUCGAUUACAAAGGCUACCACUUCCCCGCCGGUACCAACUUCACAGGCAACAUGUGGGCGAUCCACAGACACCCGCGCGACUUUCCCGAUCCGGACAGAUUCAUGCCGGAGAGGUUUCUCGAAGGCGGAGGCAGCGCGAAACAACCUUAUCCGAACAAGUACGGCAUGAAUCCCUUCGGGUGGGGGCGCAGGCAGUGCAGCGGUCAGCCGCUUGCUGAACAAGGUCUGCUUUACUCUCUUGCGCGCAUGAUUUGGGCUUUUGAUAUUCUGCCGGGUGUUGACGAGGAUCGUAACGAAGUUGAUUUGGAUAUCUUUGCCUACACCGACAGCGAGAACAUGAGGCCAGAGCCUUUCCGUGUGCGAUUUAUGCCUCGCUCGGACGCGAUCAGGAAGCUGCUAUUGGACGAGGCUGCGGAAGCACGUGAGGCAUUAAGGGUCUAUGAUGGGGAAACUCGCGUCAGGAUAGAGGACGCUGUCAACGAUCCUGCAAAGCUUUGAAAAUGUUGAUCAGGCUGUGGUAUACCGUCGGUAGUGUCGAAGUUCUAGCUGUGGAACGGUAAUAAGGUGUCUGUUAUGCGAGCUGCAGCCGACUAGAUUUGUUUCCUACCUCGAAAGUUUCCCUCUACAAUGUGUCGUGUGCUAGACGAUUCUGCGUGGGAGAUUUGUUGCUUAAGUACUCAUGAACACGCUGCUGUUGGGUCCAGACACAGC